AUGGAAAUAAAGAGACUAGUAGCUUAUUACAGUUUACAACUGGAUCCUGUAGCCAAGACCUUGCCUGGGUGCUUAACAGCUGUGGCUACAGCAGCGAAAUUAGGAAAAACAUCCUCAGGAAUCCUGAAGCUGCCAGUAGUUCUCAUGGUGCUGCCUGUUGCAUUAAACCAUCUGAAAGCUGUACCCACUGAAAGUCGUCAGAUGGAAAAACGGAAAUGCAACACUGCCACUUGUGUGAGGCAACACCUGGCAAAUUUUCUACAUCAUUCCAGCGACAGUCUUGAAUCCGUCCUCCCUGCCACCAAUGUGGGAUCCAAUACAUAUGGCAAGAGGAAUACAGCUGAGGUUUUAAACAGAGCCCCACUGAAUUACCCCUUUAGAGGUCUAUGGAAAUCCUGGUGGCAUAAUGGUUAAGUGCCAUGGCUGCGAACCAAAGGGUCGGCAGUUCGAAUCAGCCAGGUGCUCCUUGGAAACUUUAUGGGGCAGUUCUACUCGGUCCUAUAGGGUCGCUAUGAGUCGGAAUCGACUCGAAGACACUGGCUUUGGCUUUGGCUUUUGGCUUAGAGGUCUAUGUAGCUCUGCAGUUCUCACCAUUUUAUGUGUAAAUUCUCUACUGAUUUUGUAUG